UACUUUGCACCACACACUUGUUUCCCAACCCAGGGGCAUGGGGGAACAAAAUCAGGCUAAAGCCGACAAGGCCGAGCCGUUGAGGAGUGCAGGGGUUUGGCGUCAGAAGGGAUGGGACCAGGGAGAAGGGUGCGAAGGAGACCCCAGCAGGGGCAGGACAUUGCAGGGAAAGAAGAGGCCGAGAAGUCAAGGGCCAUGCUGUGAAGGAGAAUAAAGGAGGUCAAAGAGAGGUCACAUCUACGUACCUCACUUCCUGACACAAACAAGUUUUUACUGUUGUCAGCAACAAAGCCCUAAUAUAGCUGCGGAAGAGAAAAACUGCAUUGCAUUUAGCCUCCUGCAAGCAUCAUCAACAGUCACCGGAGGAAUGUAAUUCCAGAAAGCUUUAAAGCUGGUGGCGAUGGUAAUUAUGUAUCAAAUGCCUGGUUCUAUUUCUGUUAUUAUUGUUUUGUCAUUUCUGUUCUACGCGAGAGCUGGCUGAACUCGCAGAGAGACGAAUCCAGUUUUUCUUUUCGACUUUAUGCACAAUUAAUCAGACCUGAUAGAAAACCCAGUGCUCUUGGGGAGAAUAAAGUAGGAGCCACGAAAUGUCAUGUUAGCAGAGCGUGGGUUUUGUGACUGUAGGGAAGGAUUUAAGGACGCUCCUUCUGUUCGGUUUCCUAUGUAACAGCAAAGGCUACACGCACGCACAGACGCCACAGCUCCCGGAUGCUGUGGCUCCCUUAUCUGGGCUUCUGCAGCGCUCGAAGCCCCUUCGGGAUGCUGCGAGGGGCUCCCGGUGGGUGGUGGCAGGAACGCUGCGGCCGCGGCCACUCCAGCCGCUGCUGCUGUUGUGGCUGCUGCAGUCACGUGGGAGCCCCUUUAAGUUUCCAUAGAGAGGCCUCUCCGGUGUCACAUGAUGGACAUGAUAUAAUGAAACAACAUUGUGGAGAGGAAAGCAUUAGGGGAGCCCACGGCUACAAAAACAAGUGAGUGAGAAGAGGUGGGAGGAAGAGAAACUACGCCACCUCCCCUGCAGCCGAGCCGCGCGCGGCAGCCAGCGAGAAGUGGGCGACGCCGGCGGGGGGCAGGGAGACGGGGUCCUCAGCCCCGGCCCGGGGGACCCCGCCGCCCACCGCCGAGAGAACAACUUUUCGCCGGCAGCCUCGGCCACCGCCGCACCUGUCUCCGGAGCCCCCAUCGCUCCUCGUGACGAACCAAGGGAAAUUCUAGAAGAACAUGCUCUACAAAUAUACAUGCGCAUCAUUUUCCUCCUCGCGUCUGGCUCUGGAAGGGAGGAAAGAGAAAGGGAUUCUAGCGGCUGCGUGCGUUCCGCCCCGAGGGAGAAAAAUCAAGACGUUACACCCGUCCCUCCAGUUUUAAACACGGAUUCAGCUCGAAGCGAGGCUGAAGGGCGUUUUAUUAAUGCUUUUGAAGGUUAGAAGAUGUUUAUUUUCCCUUCUGGAGUUUCUCUGACUCACUGAUGGUCUCGGCUCACACCUGCCAGCGCAGGGGAGAUGGUCGAUACCCCCGUGACAUCUGAGUGUUCAUGCUUGAAUUUGUACCUGUCCAGUGCCGGAGCACCGUCAGUCCACCUUGGAUUGUGCUGACACAUUCUGCUCUGGGGCGUGAGGGCAAGAGCGGAAGGGCCACCAUGAGCCCGACCGGGGGACUCUUCAGCAAGCAGACACAGCCUCGACCUGCUAAAGAUUUCCCUCGGACUCUUCACUCUCAUCCUUUUUGCGUGGCUUUCUUCUCGGAUGGCCAUGAGGACAAGGAAAGUGAGUUUCCCACAGCCCCUGGGGCUUCGCACAGGGCUGCAGAGCGAGUAAGAGAGGAGGAGACUGAUCCUGACACAGGAAGGACUUGUUCAGCCGGAAGCUUCGGCGGGAUUCGUUCCCGCCUUUAUCGAGUAUUCUUACGGUGGAAGGCUUCUGAGUGGGCUCCUCUGACUCCAAGCUGUUUCUUUAUGAACAGGCAUGUAAGUACCAGAAAGUUAAUGGCACGGAAUACUGCUGACUGCGUGGUUCUCGUCUUAAUGCAUUUUCCAACCUUGAACCUGAGAAUACCAGAGGCUGGAGACUUGGGACACUCGUCGGCGCAGUUUUCUGCCGGUGGCCCGGUUCCUGAGGUAACAAGUGGGUGUCCCGGGCAUGUGUGUGCUAACAACAGCAGCAAUGCCACGUGGUGCCCAGAGGUCGCCGCGAUCUGGCCUGGGGGUUCCUGGUCCCCGGGGCUUCUGAGCUGAACUGUGAACUUGGGCCAUCCCGAGAAGUGCAGGCGUUUUGGAGUGUUCCACAGCAAAUCUGGAUGUCGGCAUAAACACAGCUUGCAAAGUGAAAGCAGGGGCCUCGAGGAAGGAAUUACCCUCAUCUCAUUCCCGACCUGCUUACUGUGCUGGAAAACAAAGAAUCAAGACCAGUCUCUUGCAGAGACUGUCUGCCUGUUCUUACAAGCCCCGUGCGUCUCCUAGGAUUUAACGCCCUGGUCCCUCCUAGAAGAGCUCUGGUUUGAAAUACCGGAAGUUUAGCUCUUGAGGGAACUCGAGGACGGCCAAACCUCAGCAGAAUCACUGUGAAUACUCCCCUGAGACGUGUCCUCUGCCCGAAACACAUUUAAUUCAGGAGCUGUUAAGUUCUCCGGGUUUCUAGAAGGUGAUGAUUAUCAAUGCAGCCAGAGGUCUUGUUUCGUCAACCCAGAGACUGCCUUUAUUUUCAUCUCCAUAUCUCCAGUCCUUCACCUCUGCUCGUGUUGGCCCUCUGGGGCCAGAGGAGACCUCAGGACAGGAUUAAAGCCCUCGCCCCUCCCCCCCACCCCCCCACCCCUGCCACGGAGCAGGGCGCUCUCGGCUUGGGCCUUGUUAGCCAUCCCUCCAGCGAUUCCUCUCUGCUGUGACGUCGAGGCCGCCAUUGAAAGCAGAGAAAAAAGGAAACCGUGGCCUCUCUUUGCAUCCGUCGCCCGGACAAGCUGUCGUUUCUCAGGCAUCCCAGACGCUCUCUGUCUGGCAGAGCUGUGCAUUCCAUGCCUGGGUGACCUGGUUAAAUGGAGGAAACCAAAUGCUCUCCACUGGACGCGCUCCAAGACAAGCAUUCCACCCCGAGGGCCCGAGGCACGGGCUUCGCUGCGUCUGAGGACUGUGAAUGGAACUGUGGCGUUGCGGGGCAUGGUCCGCUUGCAUCCUCGGCUUCUGGUUUGUCGUAAAAGAGAGCCUGUCUGUAUCAUCGGCCUUCGUUAAUCUCUGAGCAGCAUCCUUUUGCCGCCCUUGGGAUCAGUGCUGGAAAACCCUGUGUGGAAAACCAGUCCUGUGUUAAACGUCUUUGGGAACCAGAGUCAGAAGUCCAGGCCUAUUGUCUUGCCGCCUCUUUCCUCCCAUCCCACUUCUGCUUGCCCCCAUUCCCCAGUUUCAGAUUGCUGAAUUCCAGAAAGGCUUUCUGUACACUUACAUAUUAAUUUUGACUGUGCACUACUGAGCUUCAGCAUCCUUUGCAUGUAGGAAAAUGAAUCUUUACUAUGAUGUGUCAAUCACUGGCUCUUGAUGUUUCUCAAUGAAGAGGAAGACUUUUUGCUUUUCAGAGGGAGGGAGCUUUUUGAAAGUGUCACAGAAAUGCUGUCUCUUUAGGUACAGGCCAAGGUUCCUACAGAGGAUAACAGUUUCACAAGGCAAAAAACUCACUCAGUGUGUGAUUGCUGACACCGUUCACCAACUUAAAUCUCUGUCUUCUGAGCACACACCUUCUUGGGUUUCUUUCUGGCCUGGGACACAUUAUCUUACUAGAGUCUUGGAAGUGGACAUUAUGGUCACUAGAAAAAGCACAACCACUGCAAUUUGUUUCCAGAGUCGUCCUGGUUAAGUCAGUAUGCAUUUGAGGGUUUAGAUUAUAAAUCCCAUUAAAUCAUUCUCAAAAUAGCCCUUUGCUGAACCCAUGAUUGAAGGAACCCAAACCAUUUAGUUGUAAUUUUUCUCAUGGUAAGUGUACUCUUCAGUCCCUAUCCCCUGUUUUCCCCCACCCCAACCCCUUCUG